AUGGCGGCGGCGCCGCCGUCGGACGAGGAGCUGUUCGCCCAGCUGAGGCGCUUCGGCCUGUCGCCGGGGCCGGUGACGGACAGCACGCGGCCGGUCUACCUCAAGAAGCUGAAGAAGCUCCGCGAGGAGGGGACGGGGACGGGGACGGGGCCGCCGCCGUCGUCCCGGGGCGGGGGAGCGACAAGGCCGCCCUCACCGCGGGCCCUCAGGCCUGCUGCCCGCCGCCGCCCGGGAAGGUGCUGCUGGGCUUCAGCUCGGACGAGUCGGACGCCGAGGCCGCCGCCGCCGCCUCCUCCGCCGGGGAGGCCUCCCGGAGGCCCCCGGGGCGCGGGCCGCGGGCCCCGUCGUGGUGGGGGCGCGAGCCGUCGUCGGCCCCGCGCUGGACGCCCCCCCGGCCCCACAACGGGGGCCGGCCCCCCCCCGGGGGAGGACUACUCCGACUCGGACGACGACGACGACGGCGACGCCCCCCCCUCCGCCGCCUCGUCGGGGGCCAGACCGGACGCCCCCCGCCUCCGCCCCGUCCCCCGGAGGGCCCCGGCCUGCGGCAACCACGUGGACGGCGCCCCCCGCCCCUCGGGCCCCGAGAGGGCGGGCCCGCGGGCCGACGAGGACCCGCUCCUGCGCCAGUUCAAGCGGGAGGAGCCGUCCCCCCCGCCGGGCCUCAGCGCCCACUCCCUGUCCAUGUCCCUCCUCACCGCCGCCUGCCUCUUCUUCCUCGCCCUGGGCCUCACCUACCUCGGCAUGAGGGGCACGGGAGCCAAGGACCGCGGGGGGCCGAGCAUAAAAAAUCCCUUUGGAACAUUUGAAAAAAUACAAGCAACAGACAAGAAUAUCAUGAUGAACGCCUUAUACAAACUUCACGAUAGAUUGGCCCAAGUAGCAGGAGACCAUGCGUGUGGCAAUUCUGUCCAGAAAAGACUUUCCAUCCAGGAAGCAACUGCGUAUUUAAAAAAUUUAGGCCCUGAAUACGAAGAUGUAUUUAACACCUCCCUGAAGUGGAUUUUAGAAAAUGGGCAAGAUGUUGGCAUAAGGUGUAUUGGUAAUGGCACCGGUGAGGAAUUGAAAAAUAUAACAGAUGUGCAAUUCUUGCAGUCUACCAGACCUCAGAUGUCUUUCUGGUGUCGCUUUCGACGUGCGUUUAUUACUGUAACUCACAGGUUAUUGUUACUAUGCUUAGGUAUAGUAAUGGUUUGUGUAGUGCUACGUUACAUGAAAUACCGUUGGACAAAAGAAGAGGAGGAAACUAGGCAAAUGUAUGAUAUGGUCGUUAAAAUUAUAGAUGUUUUGCGAAGUCAUAACGAAGCCUGUCAGGAAAAUAGAGACCUGCAGCCGUACAUGCCUAUUCCACACGUGCAAGAUUCCUUAAUACAGCCCCAGGACAGGAAAAAAAUGAAGAAAAUCUGGGAUCGAGCCGUCGACUUCCUGGCCGCAAACGAAUCCAGAGUUCGUACCGAGACGCGAAGAAUAGGUGGUGUGGAUUUCUUGGUCUGGAGGUGGAUACAGCCAUCCGCAUCGUGUGACAAAAUUUUAGUGAUACCAUCCAAAGUUUGGCAAGGCCAAGCAUUUCACUUAGAUAGAAGAAAUUCACCACCCAAUAGUUUGACGCCAUGUCUAAAGAUUCGAAAUAUGUUUGAUCCAGUUAUGGAAAUAGGGGAUCACUGGCAUUUGGCAAUUCAAGAAGCAAUUUUAGAGAAAUGCAGUGAUAACGAUGGCAUUGUCCACAUCGCCGUAGACAAAAAUUCACGUGAGGGCUGCGUGUAUGUUAAAUGUCUAUCUCCGGAAUAUGCCGGGAAGGCUUUUAAGGCAUUGCAUGGUUCGUGGUUUGAUGGGAAGUUGGUAACAGUAAAAUACCUGCGGCUAGAUAGAUAUCAUCAUCGCUUUCCCCAGGCUCUUAAUUGCAACACUCCCUUGAAGCCAUCCAACAAACAUAUGAACUCCAUGUCCCACCUACGUCUUCGGACAGGCACAAGUAAUCCUCAGGGAGGGUCCUGAGGAGACUUUCUACCACUGUUAGGACUGUUAUUUGCAGCAGGAAAAGAGUUCCUGUUGGGCUGCCCGUCUUCCUUUUUUAAACGCUUUUUUGUAUGUAAUAUUUCCAACGAUGACUACCAGUCUCUUCAAAUGGUCCAGAAUCGGACGUUGUCCAAAAGGGACUCAGCGGUGAAUGGGUAACGCUGCGAGGGAUUCGAACAAUUGUCCCAUACAACUUUGGGAGCUCAAAUAAACCGUCGUGUUUUAAAAGCUUUGCAUGAAGAGAAAUGAAUUUAUUCAACAUUUCAGAUAUGGUGGUUGGGCUUCUUUUUCUCCUCUCUGUUUUUUUCUUUUCUUUCCUUUUUUUUUAAAAAAAUUGCACCAAGAAGUAUUUUGAUAAUCCAAGAGCAUGGCAGAGAGAAAACUUCUGGUAUUUCCAUAGUUUACUUUGAACUAAUGUGAAUUUUUAUCAUCAACCACCGAUAACAAUUUCCGAUGGCUCGGAGGUCAGAGCGUUCAUUUCUCAAUUUAAACUUAGGUUUCUGUUUGCUGUAAGAGGUUCGUUUGCAAGAGCUGGAUCGUGGCAAAAAAAAAAAAUUCAUCGGGCUUUAGUGAUUACAUGUAAAGUGUGAAGGGACGCAGAUACACUUCAACAGGUUUUUGUAUAUAUGUGUAAAAUGCUGGUUGGGGGCAACUGUAGUCUUGUGAGGAUGUCUGCAUUAAAGCAGUGAAUAAGCUUCCUAUUUUAUUCAUAAUCUAAUGUUUUCUAUAUUUUGGGCUGUACCAUCGCAUAGGUCAAAUGGCCAAACACCUAAAAGUAUUAGAUACCAGUUUCAAAAAUAUCUUUUCUAAGUUUUAUACCAAGUGUCUGACUAUAAUUUUGUGUGAAAGGUCUGAUCCCAAUUGUAAUGGAUUCAAAUUCACGUGAGCAAUAAAGAAGCAAUUGGCAGAUACUGGAAAAACAUCUCGUGGAAAGCUGUAUUUAUUGGAAGACCAGGGCUGUGACAAAAUACCAUUGGGAGUUGGUGUAAUUUUUCUCAAAUCUAUUGAUAACUUAAUAAAGUUGUAAUUACCCAGUUAUCUGUGAAGUUGGAAGCAGGGCUGGUUUUCUGCAAGAAAAUGUGUAUUUUUUGGACUGAUGAGAUUUUUGAUUUUGGGUCAUGAGAGGUGGAAGGUACGGGCAUUGAAUGAGUGGCAGUUACUUUAUGCCUCAGUAUUAAGUUUUGAGUAUCAGCGCAGUGAUUUUAUUACCGUUUUACUUGGUAACGGUAAAACCGUGGCGGGGUAGAGUUGGGUAGGAAUCUGCCAACUCGCCCGACAAAUACCUUGUUGAUACGGCCCAUCGUUGUCAGUCAUCCGGAUAUCGCUAUGCGAGAAUGGCACCCGAUCAGCCAAGUCGGUUCUAAGGCUGUUUUCAUUUUCAUCUUUUGUACACGUGUUGGUUUUGCAGCAUGGACUUGCACAGAUAAUGCACGUUUUCUGGUUGAGUAAACAUGAUGCACAUAUUCUGCAACAGAAAUUCCUAUUGUGCCUUACCUUUGUGCUUUUGUGGGCACCAUGUUUAUGAAGAAUAAUGGCGGAUUUGUUACCUGAAGAGAAUACAUUUUAAAUUCUCAGUUUACGUCUCAGAUGCUAAAGUGUGAAAAUAUUAAAAAAUCUAUAUAUAUAUAUAUGUGUACAUAUAUAUAAUAUAUAAAAUAACUGAUCUUGCUGUAUUUUAUGUGCAUCGUAGUGGUUUGUUGACCUGAGCUUAGUGACCCCAUCUUGUGACCUGUUGCAAGAGUGAAUGUAAAAAUAAGCGGUGGCAUUUUUAAAGGUCGCCUUUUGGAUGCAGUUGCAUCUUUCUUGCUUCUAAAAUAUAUUUCAUGUAAACACUGUACAUUUAUUAUUGUAAUAUGUACCAUAUGCAGCUUAUUUUACCCUCAAAUGUUAAGCUGACCAAUAUCCCUUCCUGCAAGACAGAUGGGAAAUGUGUAUAAUAUCUAGACAUUUGAAAAGUUCAGAUGUUUGAUGUAAUUUGUCACUUGUCCUGUAAAAAAAACAAAAACCCACAAAACACAGAAACU